AUGGCCACAAUUACUUUAUGCACAACUAACUCAAACCCGAGUAUUCCGAGACAGGAGACCGUUGGCUUGAAAGUUUGGAAUCCGAGAGACCAUAUCCCGGAGACUGUUCAGAGACAUUUGAAACGUCCACAACCAAACUACCAGUUGGCUUUCCUUCACAUUAUUCAAGAGUUGAAAGUACAGAGACGGACAGGAUGGCUGGACUACGAUAUUUCGGAGUGCGAAAGCAUCUCGGAUCAUAUGUACCGCAUGGGGGUCACUUGCAUGCUGAUCCAAAACCCUGAUGUGCAGAAGGAUAAGUGUGUGAAGAUAGCCCUGGUUCACGACAUGGCCGAGUCGCUUGUGGGUGACAUAACUCCGCUGGACCCGAUGGGGAAAAAGGAGAAGCAUAGAAGGGAGUGGGAGGCCAUGAAGUACAUAUGUGACGAUAUUCUGGCAAAGGUCAACCCUGUAGCAGCAAGAGAGAUCAAAGAGGACUGGCUUAACUACGAGAACAUUGAGACACUGGAGGCGCGCUACGUCAAGGACAUUGACAAGUACGAACUGCUCGUGCAAUGCUUCGAGUACGAACAAAAGUUCAAUGGGUUGAAAAACUUCCAGUCCUUUUUCAAAGUCAUAGAUAGUAUCAAAACUGAGGAAGUACGUGGUUGGGCGCUGGCUUUAGUCGAACUUCGUGAUGAGUUCUUUGCAUCUCUGUAA